AUGAUCCUUGUGGUAAUCAUCGUUUUCUCCCCUUGUCGUGUGUUUUUGGCGGUUCGCUUAUAUGAUUCCAUCGUGAUGAUGACCGUGAUGGUGUUUCAUCCAGUGUUUUUUGUGACCACCGCCAUGCUCAUGAUGAUGCCCAGCGUGGUGGUGUUUUCCGUGAUCACCAUGUUCUCCUUUAUGGUGGUGAUGGUGUCCUUUGUGGCCCUUGUGUCCCUUUUCUCCGUGUUCAUGAUGGUGAGAGAGUGUGCUCUUGCACCUCCUUCUUCAUCCUGGAUUUUCCACUGGCGGCUGUUACCAAGUCUUUUUUGGUAUCAUUAG